GUGCGCCUCUACCUUCUCCCAUGAGUCCCGUAGCACUGGAUUUUCCCGUUCGCAAGUCAACGCGCAUCAGUCGUGGCACAACAGCAAAACAGGAGCUCAUUCGCUCUUCGCCAACUCUCGCCCCCGUCGAGGUGAAGCGUGCAGUCAAGCUUAAGGCCAAACGAGGCUACGCGGCCCCGGAGCAAUAUGCGCACUUGCAUCUCCUCCCGGAAUUCUUGAAGGAGGAGCUCGAUAUACUGUUUUGUGGUAUCAAUCCUGCGGUACGCUCUGCCCAGAUCGGACACCACUACGGGCAUCGUAGCAACCACUUCUGGCCAUGUUUAGUCGAUUCAGGCCUAACGAAGGGCGAGCAGGUUACCGCAUUGGAGGACCACACCAUCGCCGAUAGGUUCAAUUUCGGCUUGACCAACAUCGUCGAGCGACCCAGUGCAGAGGCUGCCGAACUGUCCCAGAAGGAACUGGUCGCAGGCGUCCCGAGCCUCCUCCGAAAGAUCGCCCAGUACCGCCCGCGCGUAGUCACGCUCGUGGGUAAGGUGAUCUGGGACGCCAUGGAACGCGGCAUGAAGAAAGCUGGCGUGACAGUCGCGAAGAAGAGCGGCAAGGCCUUCUCAUACGACCUCCAGCCGUAUAAAGUCAUUCAUCCAGUGCAGGGAGGCCAAGACGUCCGCGAGACGCUCUUCUUCGUCCUCCCGAGCUCGUCAGCAAGGGUAGUGGCCUAUCAGAAGCAAGACAAGAUUGUACUCUUCACCUUGCUCAAACAGCGCCUGCAGGAGGUAAAGGAAGGUAGCACCAACACUUCCGCGAUGACCGUCAUCCCUACACCUGCAGCGCCAAAUCACCUUACAUAGCCAGUAGUGCACGCAUUUCGAGCCGAUCUAGCGGGAUAUAGGAGCAUGUAGUUAUACACCGUACUGUACUUUACUAAUGAUACACUGGAGGACAAC